CUGGGGACAAUUACUAUGACUAUGGCUUUAGUCUUGGCAUCCUUUGCAACAAAGCUGUGGCAUCUCUUCCUGAGUCAGGGUUUAUUAUUCGGUAUAGGAGCAUCAUUCGUUUAUUUCCCUGCUAUCGCCGCUCCAGGUCAUUGGUUCAACAAACGACGUGGACUCGCCUUAGGGAUCGGUGCUUCUGGAUCAGGAUUAGGAGGCUUCUAUCUGGCGCCACUCGCUCAAUGGGCGGUGGACCACCUGGGCAUUCGUUAUGCAUUACGAACCCUGGCUCUUUAUUGUUUUAUCGUCUGGUUAUCAACAGAAGGAUCUGCCUCAGCAUCGACGCAACCAGAUGACUUUCUUUCAACAGCAACAGAAGCGAAAUCAACAGAAAAAAGAACCAAAUGGAGGAUAUCAGGACGUUACAAAGAAUCAGCAUUUAUUACUUUGGUUCUUUUUCAGUGUCUACUUUCGUCGGCAUAUCUUGCACCUGUGUAUUUCAUGGAACUUUAUGGUUCCCAUAUUGGGAUUUCAAAACAAGCGGCAGCUUCGAUCAAUGGUUGGUUCAAUGCAGCUUCUUUUGUAGCCAGGGUUGUUUCAGGAGUCGUCGCCGACAGAAUCUCGUCUAGCUGGUGUCUUUUGAUUUCAACCUGGUUAAUGGUUCUAUCUAUCUGCGUUCUCUGGGUCUUGUCAAAAACCUACACUGUCUUUCUCCUCUUUGCCAUUGUCUACGGCUUUACUUUCUCGGGUGUCUCCACGGUCAUGCCAAUCCUUGUCAUAGAGUAUUAUGGUGCUGAGAAGGCUGCUAGUGUUCUUGGAACAGUAUAUACCAUGUCAAGUCCAGCACUCAUGCUAGGAACAUUGGUCUGUGGUGAAUUACUGG